UGUGCUUAGGUGGUGUAGCUAAUAGAAAAGAAAGUAUCGGCGAUCACUUUGGUUACAAGUUUUUAUUCGUUUCGUCUUCGUUCGUUUUGGAUUAAAAAACCACACACAAACAAUGUUUGUGUACGUCGCCUUAAAUCUUUCCCGUUGACAUCCGAGCUCGGCUAGAUGUCCGUUUAAAACUGUCGCACAAAUGGAAAUGGUGCCCAGCGAGGAAAACCAGCUCGUACCCAAAGAGGGUAUGCUUUGGAGUUGCAGACAGAGUAUUUUUGAGGAGAUGAAGAAGAAAUUUGCCCAGAUUGAGAAUGCUGCCGAGGAGCCGCGAGUGCUGUGCAUCAUCCAGGACACCACCAAUGCCAAGACCGUCAACGAGAGGCUGACCCUCAACCUGCCGGCCUCCACCUCCCUCGCCAAGCUCUUUGAGGAUGUGGCUCACAAGGCGGGCUACGUGAACGGCACCUUCGACCUGACGUGGGGCAACAUGGCCGACAUGGCACCGUUGGACCACGGCAGUGAGAUGUCACUCACAGAAUCUGGGUUCGAAGCUGGGAAGAAGAACUUCCUCCAGCUCACAGAUAAAGACGGCGAGCAGCCUCAGAUAGCAUCGGACGAAUCGGGUACAGCGGACAGCAGCGGCCUGGACGACAGCUCCCAGGACCGCUUCAUCGGGCCUCUGCCCCGGGACGGCACCACAGGCUGCAGCAGCGACUACAGCAGCCCCAGCUACUCCUACUCCUCCAUACUCAACAAGUCCGAAACAGGAUACGUGGGCUUAGUCAACCAGGCCAUGACCUGUUACCUGAACAGCCUGCUGCAGACGCUGUUCAUGACGCCGGAGUUCAGAAACGCGCUUUACAACUGGGAGUUUGAGGAGUCUGAGGAGGACCCAGUCACGAGUAUCCCGUACCAGCUGCAGAGGCUGUUCGUGCUCCUUCAGACUAGUAAGAAACGGGCCAUCGAGACCACGGAUGUGACGCGAAGCUUCGGGUGGGACAGCAGUGAGGCCUGGCAGCAGCAUGACGUCCAGGAGCUGUGCAGGGUCAUGUUUGAUGCUCUGGAGCAGAAGUGGAAGCAGACAGAGCAGGCCGACCUCAUCAACCAGCUGUACCAGGGCAAGCUGAAGGACUACGUGCGCUGUCUGGAGUGCAGCUACGAGAGCUGGAGGAUUGACACCUACCUGGACAUCCCACUGGUCAUCCGACCCUUUGGCUCCACCCAGGCCUUUGGGAGCGUGGAGGAGGCUCUCCAGGCCUUUAUUCAGCCGGAGACACUGGACGGGCCCAACCAGUACUUCUGCGAGCGCUGCAAGAAGAAAUGUGACGCCCGAAAGGGCCUGCGGUUCCUGCACUUCCCCUACCUGCUGACGCUGCAGCUGAAGCGCUUCGACUUCGACUACACCACUAUGCACCGGAUCAAGCUCAACGACCGCAUGACCUUCCCCGAGGAGCUGGACAUGAGCCCGUUCAUCGACGUGGAGGACGAGAAGUCUCCCCAGACGGAGAGCUGCACCGACAGCGGGGCGGAGAACGAGGGCAGUUGCCACAGCGACCAGAUGAGCAACGACUUCUCCACGGACGACGGAGUGGACGAGGGGAUCUGCCUGGACAACACGAGCAGCACUGAGAGGACGCUGAAGCCAAAGAGUUCGCUGACCUUUGAACUCUUCUCGGUCAUGGUCCACUCGGGGAGUGCGGCCGGCGGUCACUACUACGCCUGCAUCAAGUCCUUCAGCGAUGGCCAGUGGUACAGCUUCAACGACCAGCAUGUCAGCAAGAUCACCCAGGACGACAUUCGGAAGACCUACGGGGGAUCCUCAGGAACCAGAGGCUAUUACUCCAGUGCCUUUGCCAGCUCUACAAACGCAUACAUGCUGAUCUACAGGCUGAAAGACCCCUCCAGGAAUGCAAAAUAUUUGGAUGUUGAGGACUUCCCAGAGCACAUUAAACGCCUGGUCCAGAAGGAGAAGGAGUCUGAGGAGCAGGAGAAGAGACAGCGGGAGAUAGAGCGCAACACCUGCAAGAUCAAGCUCUUCUGCAUGCACCCUGUGAAGAUGAUGAUGGUGGAGAACAAGCUGGAGGUGCACAAGGACAAAACACUGAAAGAAGCUGUGGAGAUCGCCUACAAGCUGAUGGACCUGGAGGCCCUAGUCCCUCUGGACUGCUGUCGGCUGGUGAAGUACGACGAGUUCCACGAAUACCUGGAGCGCUCCUACGAGGGCGAGGAGGACACGCCCAUGGGGCUGCUUCUGGGCGGGGUCAAGUCCUCUUACAUGUUUGACCUGCUGCUGGAGACCCGAAGGCCGGACCAAGUCUUCCAGCCAUACAAGCCAGGAGAGGUGAUGGUGAAGGUGCAUGUGGUGGCGUUGAAGAGCGAGACCAUCGCACCCCCGGUCAGUGUCAGGGCUUACCUGAACCAGACCGUCACAGAGUUCAAGCAGCUCAUCGCUCAGGCGACCGGGCUGUCUGCAGAAACCAUGCGUGUGGUUCUGGAGCGCUGCUAUAACGACCUCCGGCUGCUCUACGUGCCCAACAAGACACUGAAAGCGGAAGGGUUCUUCAGGAGUAACAAGGUGUUUGUGGAGAGCUCCGACUCAACAGAUCACCAGGUCACUUUCACUGAUUCACUUUUGUGGAAGCUGCUGGAUCGCCACGGCAACACCAUCAGGCUGUUCGUCUCGCUGCCCGAGCAGGCGCCCGGCUCCCUGGCCGGCAGGACUCUUUGCCAAAAGGCGGGGGGCGAGCCGGGCGAGGCCUUCGAGGGGCCGAAGGGCAGCAGGAAGUCGGUGGAGGCCAUCCUGGAGGAGAGCACGGAGAAGCUGAAGAACUUGUCGCUGCAGCAGCAGGAGGAGCAGCAGGGCUCCAGCGCCAGCGACAGCCAGAAGAGCUCGGACGCCAGCGACUUCGAGCACAUCGAGUCCCCGUCCCAGGAGGCCGACUCGGCGCCCUCCGUCUCGGCCGCCGACAACCGGGAUCUGGAGAACCGGAUCCGGGCGGCGUCCGGCUCGGGCGGGGGCGGCGGGACCUCCGACCCGGAGAACCCCUUCCCGUCGGAGGAGCGCUCGGACUCGGACGUCAACAACGACCGCAGCACCAGCUCGGUGGACAGCGACAUCCUGAGCUCCAGCCACAGCAGCGACACCCUGUGCAACGCCGACAGCGGGCCGCUCCCGCUGGCGGGAGGCCUGUGCGGGGCCGACGGCGCCCCGCUGCCCCUCGCCAACGGCCUCGACUCCCACAGCAUCACCAGCAGCCGCCGCUCCAAGGCCCACGAGGGUAAGAAGGAGACCUGGGACACGGCCGAGGAGGACUCCGGCACCGACAGCGAGUACGACGAGAACGGCAAGAGCAAGGCCGAGGCGCAGUACCUGUACUUCCGGGCCGAGCCCUGCUCCCUGGAGGACGGCUCCGCGGAGGGACAGAAAUGCUUGCUGGUCCAUGUGGAUAAGAGAAUCACACUAGCCGCUUUCAAACAAAACCUGGAGCCUUUUGUGGGCGUGUCAUCCUCCCAGUUCAAGGUCUUUCGGGUCUACGCCAACAACCAGGAGUUUGAGAGCGUUCGGCUGAAUGAAACGCUCUCCUCCUUCUCCGAUGACAACAAGAUAACUAUUCGAUUAGGAAGAGCACUGAAGAAAGGGGAAUAUCGAGUGAAGGUGUACCAGCUACUCGUGAACGACCCAGAGCCCUGUAAGUUCCUGGUGGACUCUGUGUUCGCCAAAGGCAUGACAGUCAGGCAGUCCAAAGAGGAACUGCUGCCCCAGCUGAGGGACCAGUGCAAGCUGGACCUCAGCAUUGAAAGGUUUCGUCUGAGGAAGAAGACAUGGAAGAACCCAGGGACAGUGUUCCUGGACUACCACGUCUACGAAGAAGACAUUAACAUCUCCAGCAACUGGGAGGUCUUCCUAGAAGUUCUUGAUGAACCGGAGAAGAUGAAAUCCAUGUCCCAGCUGGCCAUCCUCACACGCCGCUGGAGGCCGGCUCACAUGAAGCUGGAGCCCUUCCAGGAGGUGGUGCUAGAGAGCAGCAGCGUGGACGAGCUCAAGGAGAAGCUCAGUGAAAUUAGCGGAAUUCCCCUUGAAAACUUGGAAUUCGCUAAGGGCAGGGGAACAUUUCCUUGCGACAUCUCUGUGUUGGAGAUCCACCAGGACUUGGACUGGAACCCGAAAGUGUCCACGCUCAACGUCUGGCCUCUCUACAUCUGUGAUGACGGCGCCGUAGUCUUUUACAGGGACAAGACGGAGGAGCCCAUGGAGCUGUCGGAGGAGGAGCGCACCGAGCUGAUGAAGAAGGAGAGCAGCCGCCUGCUGAAGACGGGCCACCGGGUCAGCUACUCGCCCCGCAAGGAGAAGGCGCUCAAGAUCUACCUGGACGGGGGGCCCACCAAAGACCCGGGCCAGGACUGAGGCCGCAGUGGGCCCCCCACCGGAUCAGCUGGUCUUACCCCCCCAACGCUGCGUAGCGUCGCUGCCCUAGGGACCCUGUCUGACGUGGCUCUCGCAGUGAACCGACGUCACCAGUGCUGAAUGGCUGACCCGCCCCCCCCCACUCUGAGCUCUAGGGGGGGGGUAUAGCGUGGCUCAGAGUACUAUUGUGCACUAUAGUUUAUUGUACUGUAAAGUUUAAAGGGAAGUGCAAAAGCUAUUCAUUAAAAAAAAAUAAUAAAUCAGAUAUCAUACAGACAAAUCAAUCAGACGUAAUAUUAUGGAGGUGAGCGCACGUGCUGAGCAGAGCAGCGAGGACAGAACUGGAGUGCCCCCCCCCCCCCCCCUCCCCCUCCUCCUCUCUCUCUGCUUCGCAGCCAAGUUCAGAGACGGGGGUCUCUCCCUUCCAUCUGUGCACAUGUUACCUCAUCCAGUUGCUCCAGAUCACCUGUAUUAUAACCAGGCUCAAUCGCCCCCUACACACACACACACACACACACACACAAACAAACACACAGCGAUGUCGAGG